CUGAUCUCCAUUCUCUCUGUUUUCUUGCCUUUCUUAGGCCUUAAAAGCGGAGUUUCUGCCGGUCAGGGGAACAUCUUCCGCAACACCCCCCAAAGCGACCCCCACGCCACUUUCUCCUCCUUCUUCCACGGCGCCGACCACUUCGACAUCUUCGGCGAGGCCGACGGCGAGGAGGACCUCUUCAACCCCUUCCGGCAGUUCACCUUCAGCCACGUCCCGGAGGCGGCGGCGGGCGGCGGCCCCCGCAAACCGGCGCGGCGCCUUCAGGGCCAGGCGGUGGUGCACGAACUUCCCGUGACGUUGGACGAUGUGAUGCACGGCUGCACCAAGCAGGUGAAAGUCACGCGCAGCCGCCUGGGCGCCGACGGCCGCUCGCUGCGCAGCGAGGACAAGGUGCUGAGCGUGGUGGUGAAGAAGGGAUGGAGGUCCGGGACCAGGAUCACGUUUCCCCGGGAGGGGGACGAGACCCCCGACAGCAGCCCGGCGGAUAUCACCUUCGUGCUCAGGGACCAGGAGCACCCCAGUUACAAACGGGACGGCUCCAACAUCGCUCUCUGUGGGUGCACGGUCAACGUUCCCACGCUGGACAACCGCAUGAUGCCUUUGCCCUGCAGCGACGUGAUAAAGCCCGGCGCGGUGCGGCGGCUGAGGGGGGAGGGGCUUCCCCUGGCCCGGACCCCCUCCCAGCGGGGGGACCUGGUGGUGGAGUUCCAGGUGCUCUUCCCCGACCGGAUCCCACCUCAAUCCCGCGAGAUCAUCAAGCACAGCCUGGGCCAGUGUUAG